AUGUGGCUGCCCAGAUCUAAGCAUUUCGUCUGUGAUCAGUAUUCCUCUGGACAGUGGAUCCUGCCUGAAGAGAGGAUACUGGUUGGUGCUCUGGACCUGGGUGGGGCCUCCACCCAGAUCAGUUUCGUGCCUCAGGCCCCCAUCUUGGACCAGAGCACCCAGGCUACCUUCCGUCUGUACGGUGCCAACUACAGCAUCUAUACUCAUAGCUACCUCUGCUAUGGGCGAGACCAGGUCCUGAGGAGGCUCCUGGCAGAGCUGGCACAGAGAAGCCCAGUAGCCCGGGUCAGACACCCAUGCUACCACAGCGGCUACCAGGCCACACUGCCACUGGCGCCACUGUAUGAGUCACCCUGUGUCCACACUACAGAUUCCCUGAACUUCACCCAGAACAUCACAGUUGAAGGGAUAGGCAACCCCGGGGACUGUGUGGCAGCCCUCCACCGUCUCUUCAAUUUCUCCAGCUGUAAGGGCCAAGAAGAUUGUGCUUUCAAUGGAGUCUACCAGCCUCCUGUGCAUGGCCAGUUCUAUGCAUUUUCCAACUUUUACUACACUUUCCACUUUCUGAACCUCACCUCCAGGCAGCCGCUGAACAUUGUCAAUGACACUGUUUGGAAGUUCUGCCAGAAACCUUGGAAACUGGUGGAAGCCAGCUACCCUGGACAAGAACGCUGGCUACGGGACUACUGUGCCUCAGGCCUGUAUAUCCUGGUGUUGCUGCUAGAGGGCUACAAAUUCAGUGAGGAGACCUGGCCCAACAUCCAGUUCCAGAAGCAGGCAGGUGGCAUGGACAUUGGCUGGACACUGGGCUACAUGCUGAACCUUACAGGCAUGAUUCCCGCUGAGGCACUGACCCAGUGGCGGGCUCAGAGCUACAGCAUCUGGAUGGCUGGAGUAGUAUUUGCAGUGCUGACCCUUUCGGCCAUUCUAGGAGCUGCUGCCGUCCAGCUCUUCUGGACCCAGGACUAGAUAAAACCAAGCUGAAACAGAUCACAGAAGCAACACAUCUAAAGCAAUUCAAGUGUUGGGAUUCAACAGCAACAACAUAAAUGUUUGCGUUGUCUACCUUGUGAGCCACCAUCAACUGACCUUAAGAAAGAAAGCCUUUAGCACACAGGACCUGCUGGACACACCCUGGAUGUCUGUCUUCACGAACCCCAGACAAUCAAAGGGUUCCAGUCCAUCGAGCAGACCAAGAAGACCAAUUCCUGACAAUACAGGCUUCCCUCUGCCCUCAGGGUGGCACUGGCUAUGGGGUCUGCAGUCUUCCAAAAGAUGGAAACAAGAAGGGAUCUGGGGAGGGACAGCUGUGGGACUAAGGCUACCUCCGAAGGCUGUGGCCAGCCCAGCAGAGACCCCUGAUUCUUCACUAGAAUCAGAAUGGACCAGACAGCCAGAAUCCAGGUCUGUGGGCCAACCCAGCUUCCCUCUCCCAAAAGC